AAAAUUCAAAAUGCCCAAAAAUCAGAGCAGUUGGCGCUUUCUUCCUCAAAAAAAACUUCAAUCGACACAGUUUCUCUCUAUCAAUGGCGAUCAAAUUCGCAUCACUGUUAACUCUCUUCUUCUUCAUUGCAAUCUCAAUUUCAGAAUCCACAGGUUCGUUUAUGUUUCUUCUUUCUCUUCACUAUCAUUUUACUCGACGGGAUUUGAUUUUGAGUGUUUCUCUUAUCGUAGAUGAAUCUGGUCUCCCGAAAUUUACUUUCAGUUGGUCGAAUGAUAAGAACAAGUUCAAAUCUGGAGAAAUCGCUGAAAUUUUAAUCAAAGUUCUCGGAAAUUUCGAUAGCCAUGGAAACGCUUCAUUAGGUCAGAGAGCUUUUAAGCCUACGGUUACUGUGAAUGCAAAAAUUGGGAACAGUUCGUACAUUUCUGGGGUUUAUUUGGAUCUUGGUGAAGAUAUUAGCAAUUGGAAGAUCUAUUUUACUCCAAUCAUGGUUGGGAUCUUCAAUAUCGUUAUAGACGACGAGAAUUUCAAAGUCCUCGAUUCGUCGCUCCAUUUCGAAGUCGAACCAGGGUUGAUGUACCCAUCUGUUAGUGUUGUUUCUUGGAUGGGUCUUGCAAAUGUGUUUGAAGCCGGGAUGAAUGCAUCAAUUUUGAUUCUUCCGAAGGAUGCAUUCGGGAAUAACAUAUCUUUUUCCGGGAAGGAGAUGGAGUUUCAGGGGUUUUCUUUGUCUCUUCUUAAUGAAAAUGGUUCAAUUGCUGCUGGUGUUCUUAAUAUCACACAUAUCAGAUGGAUUGAAUCUGGUUAUAUCUCCAUUGAGUUUGUUCUUGUUACUACUGGAAAAUUCUUAUUGCUUGUGGAGAAGGAGAGCCAAACAUUGAAUGGUGUUCCGUUACCUCUUGAGGUGAAUUCAGGACCUUUGGAUGUUUCCAAUUGUGUGAGUAUAUGGAAGUCAGAGUUAAACACAUGGCAAAUAUUUUCCAAAAUGGAGAUCUUGUUACACCAGAAAGAUCGAUUCGGAAACCUUGUUUCUGGAUUCUACGAAUUUGAUGCUGAUGUGGUGGAAAUAGAGACGGGUUUAUCCAUACCGGUAGCAGAUUUCCAGUUUGAGUAUGUAGAGCCAGGGAUUCAGUUGAUGUCUUUCAGCCUAUCUGAACCAGGAAAUUUCUUGCUUACUCUUUCUGAUAUGAAACACAAUAAGAGCAUCGCUAGUAUGCCAUAUUUGUAUACAGUAUAUAUAGGUUAUUGUGAUGGAUCAAGAAGUAUAGUUAAUGGUUCAGGGAUUAAUGCUUCUAUUGCUGGGGAGUCUCUUGCGUUCUCUAUUUACUUGAAAGAUGCUUAUGGUUAUCCCUCAUCAAUCCAAGUGGAUAGACUUCAGGUCCGAAUCGUACUAGAGACUGAUUCCUCAUUUAUUUUGCCAACUAUACAGCCAAGAGAGGCUCUCAAUGGGACUGGAUCAAGUCACCAAACUGCUACUCCAUUGUACGAGAAACAUGGCGGAAUAGCUUCAGGCAGCCUACCAACUCAAGCGAGUAUUUUUGACGUAACUUAUACUCCAAAAAGGAGUGGGAUCUAUAGAAUUCUUAUAUCAUCAGGAAACAUAGUUCUCAAUGGAGGCCAGCCUUUCAUUAAGGAAGUAUAUGCAGGUGAAGUGAAUGUGGCAGCAUGUAGUGUGACCCAAUUCAAUGCAAAAGUGCCAAAGGAAAUCAAGAAUGACGUUGUGGUGUUGCUCUUGGAUGGCUUCUACAAUCCUGUACCAUCUCAGUCAUCUCGGUUAAAGUUGGAGAUCACCUCAGCUAAUACAUCAAGUUUCACUACAUGGGAAUUUGUAGAUAAUAAUGAUGGGACAUAUACUGGUAGCUAUUUGGCCAUGGAGGUCGGUACUUACCGAAUGUGCAUAUCUUUUGACAAUAAACAUAUCGAACCUUGCCCCUUUGAUGUUAAUGUGUAUAGCAAUGGAUACUUUCCAAGAGCGUAUGAUGAUCCAGUCAAUGUAUGGGAAGAUGAGUCAAUAUCUUUCAAUCCACUGGAAAACGACUAUUUUGCUGGCGACAAUGCGAGCAUGCUCGGUUUCUCACAACCAGGUCAUGGUUCUCUCCUGAGAGAUGGCAACGUCCUUAGAUACACGCCAAUCAAGGAUUUUUCAGGAAAUGACUCCUUUCUCUAUACAAUAGCUGAUAUCAAUGGAAACUUAGCCGCAGCUACAGUAUACAUCUUUGUUCUUACUGCUCCUCCUCAGUUUGUCUCGUUUUCCGGCGGCUUGCAAGCAACUGAAGAUCUAAUCAGUCCUAGAUAUGGGCAAGCAUUCUUCAUUUUUUCUUUCUUACAUAAGUUUAUCUUAAUAAUAUUCCACUUCACUUAUAGUAAUCCUGUUCUUGAAUGUUAUUACAGUGGCUUCUCUGGGCUGGAGAUAAGCUACUCAGACCUGCUGGAGAACAUUUCAGUAACAGUACAAGCCCUUUCGGGAUCGGUCAUUUUGUCUCCCAUGUUGAUGCAGUUUAGACCUCCUGCAAGUGGAAGACUCUCAGUUAGCAAUGGAGGUGAAGAUGGAAAAGUCUUAAUCUUAGAGGGACAAAUAGGAGUUAUCAAUCCCGCACUUCAGUCGAUUCAAUAUCUCGGAAAUGAGAAUUUUGCUGGUGUUGAUUCUCUUCGGCUGUCCACAAAGAACAAGAAUGGGAUCAAUCAUCUGGAUGUCCCAGUUUUCGUUGAACCCGUAAAUGAUCCACCGUUUAUUAAUGUUCCUCAAUAUAUAAUGCUGGAGAGUAAUGGGAGUGAGUCACUUAUCUUUCACCCGGAAAGACACAAGUUCAACUUCUCAGUUGGAGAUCCAGAUCUUGUUAAUUUCCCUGGUGGUGAAUCUCAUUUCUUAGUAACGUUUUCCGUUGAAGUCACUGACGGGUUUCUGCUGACAAACUUACCGUCAGAGCUUAUAAACUCAACAGAGCUUAAGUUCAAAAACAUGUUCCAAUGGCAGCCAAUUCAGACUUACGCCGCCAUUUCUAAACACGUGAAUGUCAAAGCUAGUGGGAUUAGGUUUCGUGGAACCAUAAAGCAAUGCAACGACCUUAUGCAACAGCUGCUCCAUCGCGGAGGAGAGAACGGAGCGGUCUUGACCCUGAAACUUAGUGACAUGGGGAACUAUGGGUGCUUCCUAGACUGCACCGAGAGAAUUUCAUUGCCUCUUCAUGCAAAAGCUCGCGUAAACCUCAUUAGGAAGAGACCCUUGAGUUCCCUUGGAGCCCAUGUUCUAGGAUCUGUGAUUGUGGUGGAGUCACUCGUGGUAUUCUCUCUCGCUACUCUGCUUCUGUUCUUCACUUGCAAAUGUGCAUUUCUUCUCGUACACGAGAGAAGAAGCGAAAAGAAUUCGCAGAAACCAACGGACAAUGCCGAAUUGUUAAACAGCAAUGUUUCAACAAGAACAAUCACUGGUUGUCUCCUAGAGAGUAUCUGGCAUCGCCAUACGCAGCAGAGACACAUAGGUGAAACUUCCGGCAACCAGAGUAAGCAGUCGUCGCCAGAGAUUAACAUUUUCCGUUCGAGCUAGACAAGGCUAGAAGUUGAUGAAUCUAAGCCAUCAACCAAUGUCCGGAAGAAUCUCAUGGAAGAAAGGCAGAGAUUGCUUAGGCACAUAUGCUUUUUGGUUAAGCUUUUGUUGUAAAUACUCACUGAUUCUAUAUUAAUUACCAUUUUGGUUA